AUGCCGGAGCUCAAUGAAGACCAAAAGGAGUACCUUCGUAAAUCCCUUCUCAGAGAUGACUCCGCCGCUGCAGAAGUUUUAAAGGGAUCCCUGACAUGGGAGAAAAACAACACCAUCACCCGCGACCUCUCCGAACUGGCCAUGGACAAGGAAGCACAUGCACUGCUGACGAGAUUGCAGUGUACUCGUUCGACGGUAGAUUCCAGUCAAAUCAUCGAGAAGCUCUUGCAAAUGGCUGGGACGGACUGUGAGAGGAAUAAUUCUGAUCCCUAUGGCGACGGAGAUCAAAGCCUGGUAGAGACCAGUGAAGGACACCGCCAGAUUCUCCGCCAGCUCUUUGCCAAUGGAGGUGACAUUUUACACUGGCUCAUGGAAUAUCGUCAGCAACAAAGACCCACAAAAAACAACAGUAACAAAAAGAGGAUGAGUCCUUUGGCGUGGAAUUGUAUCAAGGGCGAUUACCGGGCCGUCGAACAAGAGCUAAAGAAGGCAAAGAAACUGAUGGAGCAACGGUUCACGUCCAUGAGACUGUCCCCAUUGUUGCUCGCAAUAAGCAUGUCCAAGCAUGCUCCGGUCAUCCAAACCUGCACUGGAACACCCGUGCAUGAGAUGAAACAUGUCGAAGUUGUUCGCGUUCUGUUGCUGUAUGGUGCCCGUCCAAAUGCCAAGGAUGUUACCGGGAAGACAGCGUGCCAUUAUGGGGCUGGUGGUUGUGCCACAAAGGAUACCCUGAGUAUGUGUGACAUGUGUGUGACUGCAACCAAGACAUGUUAUCUGGUUGGCAAGAAGGUUACCCUACAAGGACUUUCAAAAGAGGCAUACAAUGGCAUGCAAGGAACACUGGGUGGAUUUGUUGUCGACACGGAAAGGAGAGUCUUCCAUCCGCUGGAAGAACCCACAAAGGAGAUGGCGGUCAAACCUGAAAACGUAUUCCUGGCCAAGAAAAACAAGAAGAAGAAGCAAAACGUGUGCAUCACGGAUAAAUCUCUGCAGGCCACGAAUCUUGUGGAUGACAGAGAUCGAAUUGGGUCCAUAUCAUUGCAUGAAGUCGUCAUUUCCAAUAGAGAUGAUGUUGCACUUUUUCUGUUGACACGGUCAUCGACCUGUCUGGAUGUGGCAGAGUGCGCUGGGACAUCCCCACGAAAGAUGGCCCUUCAACCUCUUAUGGGUUCUCAGGUCAAUCAAGUUGUGAGGAACCACAUUCGGGGGGAAGUUCGCAAACAGGAACGCAAGGAGAGAAAGAAAGAAUCCUGCGGCAACUGUGGCAAGACGGCACGAGAUGUUGGCAAGAAGGAUUUACACUUAUGCACGAAGUGCCUUGAUGCUCUCUAUUGUUGCAAGGAAUGUCAAUUAUCUCACUGGAAACGACAACAUAAGAAAGAUUGCGCCAAGCAAGAGCAGGAGUUGGGACUACUGGUGGGUGAUGCUGCCCAGGUGCCCGAGGGCGUUGCCAGUUUCAACCAUGUCACACAACAAGGCGUGAGCCUGUCCGGGUUGUACAAACCACCAAAUGGAUGCAAACGAAAUGAGAACUUCUGGGUCAAAGUACAAAGCAACGGAAUCGACCGAAACAUUCUCAUUUACGAUGAAACUAGGACGUGUCAUUUUUCGCUGGCCCCCGGUACAAUGGGACACAAGGAACUCGGUGCAAGUGUCUCUGCUGACCCAGCCUUCAUGGGCAGGAAGAGCUACUUUUGUGCUAGAUUCAAUGGUGAGGGGAUGUUUGUGGUGUUUCACCACACCUCCACAGUAAAGAAGUGGUGA